AUGGACAUUGAACCCUUGAGAAUUGAGAUCCUUAGGCACUCGACUUAUUGCAUAGCGGUUGAAGAAGAACCCGACGAACAGCCUCGAUAUCAUGACAUCUUGAAGUACCUACAGAAGGGCGAAUUCCUCGAAGGGAGUGAAGCAGCUGACAGAAAGCAUUUGACAAAAUUAGCGUCAAAAUUCUUCGCUAGUGGAGAUGUCUUCUAUAAAAGGUCCUUCAACUCGACAUUGCUAAGGUGCGUCGAUGCUAAAGAGAUACAUGAAGGGGAGUACGGCCCCCAUAUGAAUGGACAUUUCUUGUCUAAGCUCGAUAAGACCAAGUGGAUGCAACAGAGGCAUGAGCAGCUAAACAUGAUUGAUGAGAAGAGCUUGCAAGCUGUGUGUCAUGGCCAGUGCUAUCAAAGACAAGUCAUAAAAGCCUUCAACUAG